GAAGCAGUCGUGUCGGAAAAUCACGGGCGCGACCAUGACUCUAUUAUCAGCUCUAUUUUAUAACUAAUUCUCAUUAUCCAGCUCUAAAACUCUUCGUGUUACCGUAUAUUACUAUAGCAAAGCUUCUAAAAAUACCUCAGUAAAUUUUUUAAGUAUUUUCUCUAAAAAAUAUCUUGAAAAAAAUGUCAGCGAGUCGAUGUGUAAUUAGAAUAAUAAGAAAAAUAGUUUCUAGGAUUAGAAAAGUUAACGUUUUUAAUCACAAUAAUAACAAAUACGUUUUGGUUCAGUAACUAUUAAAUUUUAGCUAGUUUUACUCCAAUAUAUUUAGAUAUAAUUUCGUCUAGAUCAUUGCUGUUAAAUAUGUUAGAUGAAGAGCUUUAAAAAUAAUUACUUACUUACUAGAUAUUAGUUUAUUCCUAAGAGUAAAUUGUGUAAUCCUGUGUUAUGAAAUCAAGAAAGUAUUGAACAAGAGAAGUAAAUAAGAUGGACCAUCAAGAAUCACAAGAUGACGAGGCACCAAAGGAUCCAAAAGCUGACAAACAGAAGCUGUCUUUUGAUGAAACGGAUUUCGAAGGUCAUCGAGCUCACAGUGUGUUUGUUGGAGUGCAUGUUCCAUCUGAAAGAAGGCAUUCCCAUAGGAGACGCAAACACCAUCACAGGACUUCAGAAGGAGAAAAAUCCGGCUCAGAAGAUGACAGACCCAGGUUUGUUGUAUCAAGAAGGAGGGGAUUAAGCAUAUCAGAGGAUGGGGAGAUAUGCACUCCACCCGCACAGAGGGUUCAGUUUAUCCUGGGUGAAGAUAUUGGAGAUGAUAAAUACGAGAGUCACCCUCUGUUUUCCGAAAUGGAGGAACUGGUGGUGGAUGGUGAUGAAAUGGAGUGGAAAGAGACAGCCAGAUGGAUCAAAUUUGAGGAAGAUGUCGAAGAAGGUGGAAAUCGAUGGUCUAAACCUCACGUUGCUACUCUAUCUCUACAUUCCCUCUUUGAACUUAGAAGUCUUCUACUAAACGGAUCAGUCAUCUUAGACAUGGAUGCUACCACGAUAGAGCAGAUUGCUGACCUGGCUUUGGACAGCAUGAUAAACAAUAACAGGUUGCCAAUUGACAAAAAAGAAAAAGUAAAGGAUGCUCUUCUAAAACGACAUAGACAUCAGCACCAAAAAGGUCACAAAGGAUUGCCCUUCAUCAGGUCUCUGCAAGAAAUCGGAAAGAACUAUUCCACAUCCAAAACGGAAUAUACCGAGCAUAUACAGGGGUUUACAACAUGGUUUACAUUGCGACAGUCUCCAAAAGUUGAAGAGAAUAGUUUUUCCGAACAGUCUACAGGAAAAUCUUCAGAUUUCGGAAAAUUUCUGUCUGUUCCAGGACAGGGGCAAGACAAACCACAGAGACUACUAAAAAGUGCCAGCAACGUCUCUAUCACAAGAAACCAAAGCGGUACCGACCUGGGUUCUAACGGUGAACUCCCCCAACAUAACUUAGCUUUCAUGAGGAAGAUCCCCCCAGGAGCGGAGGCCAGCAAUAUUCUGGUGGGAGAGGUGGAUUUCUUGGAGAAAACCGUAUCGGCCUUUAUAAGGUUGAACAAGGCCCAAGUUCUGGGAGAUUUGACGGAAGUACCUGUUCCUACGAGGUUUAUGUUUCUUCUGCUUGGAUCCAGCAAUUCGACUUUAGGUCAUCAUGAAAUCGGCAGGGCAAUGGCCACGUUAAUGUCAGACGAAGUAUUCCAUGAAGUGGCGUACCGAGCGAAAAACAGAAGUCACUUAUUGGCCGGGGUGGAUGAAUUUCUGGAUGCUGUUACUGUACUACCUCCUGGGGAAUGGGACCCUGCAAUCAGAAUCGAACCACCGGCAGCCAUUCCAUCUCAGGAUAUAAGAAAACGGCCUCCAGAAAAAGUACCUGACGAAGUCGAUGAAGAGGAAGAAGAGCAGAAGAUAAGAGAAGAAUCUGGCUUAGCCAGAACAGGAGUCCUUUUCGGUGGUCUCCGAAACGACAUCAAACGAAAAGCACCCUGGUAUUGGUCAGAUUUCAAGGACGCCCUCGCAUCCCAAUGCAUAGCCAGCUGGAUAUUUUUGUAUUUCGCUUGUCUCUCGCCCAUCAUCACUUUUGGAGGCUUGUUAGCCGAAGCAACAGGAAAACAUAUGGCAGCUAUGGAGUCGUUAGUCUCUGGAUUCGUGUGUGGAAUGGGAUACGGGUUCUUUUCAGGUCAACCUCUUACUAUUCUGGGUUCAACAGGACCUGUAUUAGUGUUUGAGACGAUAGUGUACGAUUUUUGCCAGAGGAUCGGUUGGGAUUAUAUGUCUUUUAGGUUUUGGAUCGGUACCUGGAUAGCUAUAAUUUUACUUAUUCUAGUUGCAAUUGAUGCUAGUGCACUUGUUUGUUACAUCACAAGAUUCACAGAAGAAAAUUUCGCUACUCUAAUCGCAUUUAUAUUUAUUUAUAAGGCUGUAGAAAACGUUUUAGCAAUAGGUAAGAAGUAUCCAAUCAACACUUCAGGCCUCCAGAAUAUAUCCUACGAUUGUUCUUGUCUGUUAAAUGAUUCUGUCCAGGCGAACCAUCCAGAAAUUAGCGACUGGUCGGCUUUGAACAAAACAAUAUGCACAACAUUAAAUGGGACAAUUGUUGGUUCUGGCUGCGACACUCCGCAAUACGCUCCAGACGUGUUCCUCAUGUCCAUCCUGUUGUUUUUAGGCACGUUUUUGAUAUCGGUAGAACUGAAAGAAUUCAAAAACGCCCUAUUUUUCCCUUCAAAGGUCAGACAAUUUGUCAGCGAUUUUGCCGUUAUUAUAGCUAUUAUUUCCAUGACUCUGAUGGAUCUCUUUGUCAACAUUCCUACCCCGAAAUUGCAGGUUCCUCACGAAUUUAAACCCACGCUUCCAGACAGGGGCUGGAUUAUUCACCCCUUCAACAACAAUCCCUUUUAUUCAAUUUUUCUGGCACUGCCCCCAGCUUUAUUGGGAACCAUAUUGAUUUUUAUGGACCAGCAAAUCACCAGUGUUAUUAUAAACAGGAAAGAGUACAAGCUGAAGAAGGGCUGUGGCUAUCAUUUAGAUUUGUUCAUUUUGGCCAUAUUAAUACAGAUUUGUACGACAAUGGGUCUGCCUUGGUUUGUUGCUGCUACAGUGUUGUCAAUAAACCACGUAAAUUCCUUGAAACUAGAGUCGGAGUGUGCAGCUCCUGGUGAAAAGCCGCAAUUUUUAGGAGUACGAGAGCAACGAAUGACGCAUAUUCUCAUUUUUUUGACAAUCGGCUUGUCAGUGUUCUUAACACCAAUGUUAGGGCACAUUCCUAUGCCUGUUCUGUUUGGUGUGUUCCUCUACAUGGGAGUAGCGUCUCUUAAAGGACUGCAGUUCUUCGAUAGGAUAAUGAUAAUGUUCAUGCCUAAUAAGUAUCAGCCUGAUUAUAUGUUCUUAAGACAGGUUCCUCUAAAGAAAGUCCAUCUCUUCACAGCCAUCCAGUUGGCCUGUCUGAUCUGUUUAUGGUCAAUCAAAUCCUUCAGUACCACCUCCAUUCUGUUCCCGCUCAUGUUGGUCGUCAUGAUCGGCAUCCGAAAAUCCCUAGACUUCAUUUUCACCAGGCGGGAACUCAAAAUACUCGAUGACGUCAUGCCGGAAAUGACGAAGCGGAACCAGCUGCUGAAGGAUGAAGAGGUUGGUCAGGAGCCAGUUGAGUUGGAAAAGAUUGAUAAAAAUAUCAAAAUUCCGUUGGCUAAUGGAAACAUAAUGAAUAUUCCACUAUCUUCUAUUAAUAUUUCUGAAGAAGUGAACAAGACUGGCAUUUGGAAGCAAGUGAAUGAUAACAGAUCUAAAAGGGAGAAAAAGAGUACAAAUGAGAAGAAAAAGAGUCGUUUUAAAAAGAAGAAAUCCUCGAAAAAAGACGAAGAAAUUAAACAAAAAGUCGAGAAACGCUUGUCAGUGAUGAGGGAAGAAGACGAAGAAGAAGGGAUUUUGAUCAAGUUUGAUCAUAUCUGCGAGGCGUCUCACUGGAAAGAUACCAAACUCAGAAAUAUAAUGGAGGAUUCAAUGGAAACACACGUAUAAUAUUCUAGAAUAAUUACAAAAAAAAAACGUAUAUAGUCUAUUCUAAUUCAUCCAUUUUUAUCUUGAUAUUCCAAUUAAUAAUAUCUAAAAAUAAUCCCCAUGAUUUGUACAACAGCUUUAUAUGAAUUAUGUUGUAUAUGGUCUAUCUCCAGCAAUGCUAUUUAGUAUAUUAUUUGUGUGUGAUUUAGAUUAUUUUUUCUAUUAGUCUUUUUUUUCUAUAAUUUUCUCUCCCUAAAUCGUAUAUUCUCUUGCUGGAUAGAUUAUAUAAAUUAUAGACUAGGUACUGGGAAUCACAAACUGAAUCACAAACUACAAUUGAUUUAUAUAACUUAUAUGUAAUAAUGAAUUAUUUAAUUAUUUAUUUUGUUUCGUUAUACAGGGUGUUCCUUAAAUAAGUAGUGGCAUUAUAUUACGACCUCGUCGAUACUCUUAAAAUUCUUAUAGGUAUUUAAGAAACACCUUAUAUAAUAAGUAUGCUUAUUUAAUAUGAAUGUUUACUAUUGGACACAGAUUAAAUAUGAUAUUUUCUAAAAUAAGCAAUCUUAGUAAAGAUGUUUGAACUAUAAUAUUGUUGUGUGGCCUAUAUUAUGGUAAUUAAUUUAGUUAAUAGGAAUUAGAAAAUGUAAUUAAAAUAAUAAAAAAAGAUUAUUUAAAUAUUUUGUAGGAAGUUUUACAAGAUUUUUCCCGGAUUAAAGCAAUAAACAAAUUCUGGCCUAUUUUUUUGUAUUAAAAAUUGUGGUUGAUCAAAAAUUCUUAUCACCAAGCCUAAAUCAUUAUAAAAUUAUUAGAUAAAUAAAAAUUAGAGCAAAAAAUAUCAGUGUAAACGCAUAUAACCAAUAUUUUUGUAUGAUUUAGGUAAGCGUUUAAAAAAUACUAAAAAAUUGUAUGUCCAAAAAUGUCUGGUUUAUUCGAAUCUCUAUCCAAAAUAUUAUAUUUUGUAUAUGAUAUACCUAAAUUAAAUAUUAAGUAUGUUAGUUAAGUGUCUGGAUAUGGUGAAAUUAAAUUGAUUAUUUUAGUAGAGAGAUAAAUAAUAAUUGUAAUUUUUAGGUCGCAAAACCAAUAAAAAGGCAGAACUAGAAUUAGUC